GAGGGCUGGGCCAGGAGCUCGCUAUGGGGGGCCAGGCGGCUGUGGGCUCCCCACGCCCACAUGACGCGAAGCCGGGUGGUCUGUGGGCGCCUCCUGAAUCUCCGGCCGUUAUCGGGGAAUCACAAAAGUCAACUUCAUCGGAUAUUUCAAGAAUCGUUUUGUAUUAAAGUACAGUCAAAUUAUGGUGAACUUGUAAAUUUGACUAAAGUGAGAAACAAAAUGACAUUUACAGAUCAACCAUACAGCACUUGGCAAACAGUAGAUCCAGAAGAACUUAGAAGAUUCCAACGGCUGGCACACAAAUGGUGGGAUGAGGAUGGAGACUAUGCAGCCCUGCAUUCUAUGAAUGAUAUCAGAGUGCCUUUUAUUAGAGAUACUAUAUUGAAUCUGAGAAAUGACCAUCAGCCAGGAAGCCCACUCUUUAACAUGAAGAUCCUAGAUGUUGGCUGCGGUGGUGGACUACUAACUGAGCCCUUAGCUAGACUGGGAGCUUCAGUUACUGGAAUUGAUCCUUUGGAAGACAGCAUCCGGACAGCGGAACUGCAUAAAUCAUUUGAUCCAGCCCUUACCAAAAGGAUUCAGUACAGAGCCUGUGCACUAGAAGAUAUUGUGGAAGAGGGAUCAGAAAAAUUUGACAUAGUUGUUGCUUCUGAAGUAGUAGAACAUGUGGCUGACGUUGAAAAGUUCAUCAAAUGCUUUGGUGAAGUAUUAAAA